AUGGUUCGUCCUUUGUUAAUGGGUGAUCCUUUAGCUUAUGAAGUAUGCUACGAAUCACAAUGGGAACCUUAUUAUGUUGUUCAUCGCUCUGCUCCAUUAUAUGAUGCUCGUUUUAGAAAUCAAGGUGGAGAUAAACAAUCGCAUGCACUUCACUUGAAUGCAGAAGGUUAUAGAUUCAUGGUAUUACGUCAAGUAUUUAUGGUCCAUAAAGAUCAUUCCACAUUUGUAUGGCCCAAUGGAGGAUUUGAAAGGUCUCAAAAGGCAACUACAAAUUGGAAUUAUUUUGUAGGAUUUAUGCAGGAAAUCGAAGGAAUUUAUGGCAAGAGUGCUAGAUGGCCUCGUGGGUGCAGCGCAAAUUCAAUUGGUUGGCAGGAUCAAAGAAGAGAUACUGUUGGCUUAGCUGCUGGUGCAGUUUAA